GAGCUUUUCCAGAGUGAAGCUGAAGACUUGUCAAGAAAACACAAAAUGUCUCCUGAAUCAAAAAAACUUUUCAAUAUAAUUAUUUUGGGAGUCUCGUUUAUGUUUAUAUUCACUGCUUUCCAGACAUGUGGUAAUAUUGCGCAAACUGUUAUCACAAAUUUGAACAACACAGAUUUUCAUGGCAGCGGCUACACAAGCAUGUCUAUUAUUUAUGGGGUAUUCUCUGCAUCGAACCUUGUAUCACCUUCAGUGGUUGCGAUAGUAGGACCUCAACUCUCGAUGGUUGUUAGCGGCAUAUUUUAUAGCCUAUACAUUGCAGUUUUUAUCCAGCCUGCUACAUGGGCUUUCUACACUGCUUCUGUUUUUAUUGGCAUUGCAGCUGCUGUACUGUGGACGGCACAGGGAAAUUGCUUGACUGUAAAUUCUGAUGAAAACACCAUUGGAAGGAACAGUGGAGUAUUUUGGGCACUGUUACAGUCCAGCUUGUUUUUUGGAAACCUCUAUAUAUACUUCGCUUGGCAAGGAAAGACGCGCAUAUCAGAGAGUGAUCGCAGAACUGUCUUCAUUGCUCUGACUGUUAUCAGUCUUGUGGGCACAGUUCUGUUCUUUCUGAUUAGGAAACAAGAGGACACAAAAGCUCCAGGGGAGGAAGAUUCUGCUAAUGAAAUCCUGCGGGACAGCUCGUCUGCACAAACCAAAAUGACGAGAGCAGUGGCUGCCUUCAAGAAAUCUAUAAAGCUGAGCUUCACCAAGGAGAUUCUGCUGCUCAGCGUUACAACAGCCUACACAGGUUUGGAAUUAACGUUCUUUUCUGGAGUAUAUGGAACAUGUAUUGGUGCUGUGAAUAGGUUUGGCGGCGAAGAGAAAAGCCUCAUUGGUCUCUCUGGUAUUUUUAUUGGUGUUGGAGAAAUUUUAGGUGGAGGAAUCUUCGGUUUGCUGAGUAAGAAGAGUCGCUUUGGCAGGAACCCUGUUGUGAUGCUAGGCAUCGUUGUCCAUUUCGUAGCCUUUUACUUAAUUUUUUUCAACAUGCCAAACGAUGCACCUAUUGCUCCUCUGGAAGGAACGGAUGCUGUUGCUUAUAUGAUUCCAAGCAAAGAGGUGGCCAUAUUCUGCAGCUUUCUGUUGGGCCUGGGGGACAGCUGCUUCAACACCCAGCUCCUCAGCAUUUUGGGAUUCCUGUACUCAGAAGACAGUGCUCCUGCCUUUGCCAUCUUUAAGUUUGUUCAGUCCAUCUGUGCUGCCGUUGCGUAUUUCUACAGCAACUACUUCCUUCUGCAGUGGCAGCUGCUGAUCAUGGUGGUUGUGGGCUUCUUUGGAACAAUGACCUUCUUUACAGUGGAGUGGGAAGCAGCGGCAGCUCUUGGUGCCCGUGGCUCGGACUACGGCAGCAUUUGA